CUUGCUUUGGGUGCAAACGUUGGUUCUGUUUUUCUUAUGUAUGUGCUCUGCAGGACUUAAAAUGAAGCAAAGGGAAACGGUGAAGUGGAGUGCCCGCGUUUCUGUGUUGAGCCUUAAUCCUGUUUUAAAUGCCGAGAAGAAGCGCAGACGUGAAUUCAGCGAUAAAUUAUGAGUUUCUUUACCGUAGUGACUGAGGAUUAGCGUGCCAUAGAUUGUAUAUCUAUGGAAUUAAAUGUCAAUUUACAGACGAUAGUAAAUUUAUUGCUUCGUAUCAUCGAAUUAUUGUUUUUAUUGUGUGUCAUUACGCUUCCACAAUGAAGAAACUUUUUUCAAAAAUUGAAACUAAAAUUGAUAAUACAACGAAAGAACCAAACAGUUAUGUCGGCAAAGUAUUUGUAGUUGGAAGGAUGACGGUCACUGUCGAGGAUGUAUUGGCAGAAGGGGGAUUCGCUGUUGUCUUCCUGGUGAAAGGCAGUGGGAGUGGUGGAACACGGUAUGCACUGAAGCGGAUGUACGUCAAUAAUGAACAUGAUCUGAAUGUUGCUAAACGAGAGAUUCAGAUUGCAAGUAACUUGAGUGGUCACAAGAACAUUAUUGGUUAUGUGGAUUCGAGCCUUACACAUACAGGGAAUGGUGUAUAUGAAGUUCUCCUUCUGAUGCCGUAUUGCAAGACACACGUCUUACAGAUGAUGAACUCGAGACUGCAGAGUGGAUUCAGUGAAGCUGAAGUUCUGCAAAUAUUCUGUGAUGUUUGUGAAGCGGUUUCUCGGUUACAUCAUUGUCAGACACCAAUUAUUCAUCGGGAUUUGAAGGUGGAAAAUAUUCUUUUAAGUGAUAGUGGAAAUUAUGUUCUCUGUGAUUUUGGCUCUGCAACUGGCAAGGUGCUUAAUCCUCAAUUAUCAGGAGUUGCUGCAGUGGAGGAAGAAAUUAAGAAGUACACGACAUUAUCUUACAGAGCACCUGAAAUGGUUGAUUUGUAUUCUGGAAAGCCAAUCACUACAAAGGCUGAUAUUUGGGCAUUGGGAUGUCUUUUGUAUAAAUUAUGUUUUUUCUCACUCCCAUUUGGGGAGAGUACACUGGCCAUUCAAAGUGGGAACUUCACAAUUCCAGACAACUCUAGGUAUUCCAAGGGAAUGCACUGUUUAAUCAGGUUUAUGCUUGAACCCGACCAGGAGCAACGGCCAGACAUCUUUCAGGUAUCGUACGUAGCAUUUUCCCUCCAAGGCAAGGACUGCCCAGUACUGAAUUUACAUAAAUCGGCGGUUCCUGUUAUGGACCAGCUGCCAUCUCCCCAGUUGGAGAGUGAGGCAAAGCGUACUUCGGUCAAAGUGACGAAGCAGGUGGCGGCCCCCGUGGUGGAGGGGACGAGUGUGGCCCCACGGCAGCGGCCCAAAGGUGGGCAGCCCCUGCCGCCCCCUGUGGGGGGUGUGCUGCCCGUCCCCGUUGGCUCAUCUCCUGUGCAGCCGCAGCGUCGCCCACCCGCUCCUCCUGCCGUCUCCCAGUCCCCCGUGUCAGCCGAUGGAGCGGCUGAGGGGAUGCAGGCGCCGGUCACGGUUCCCCCACCAGGUGUCCCUCACCCCCAGGCCUUCCGGCCGCCUCUGGCGUGCCCUCCCCAACAGCCUCUGUUCCCUCCUCAGUCUCCUUUUGAUCCCAGGUUACCUGUUAACCAGCCCAACCAUUCCUGUCUGACUAGUUCCUCUGCAAAUAGUUCUACAACUGUGACACAGGUGUCUCCAGCUCUGUCACAGAAUGUGAAUGGCAAGGAGUCCUUGGAAGCCUUGUUCCCACCAUCAGGUUUUCCAGACCCAUUUCGGGACGAAAGUGGUGAAUCUAUUGCUCCUGCAACCCAGAGUCCGCAGUCAGCUGCCCCAGCAUCUUUAGCAUUUUCUAAGGUUGUUCCUCACAAGCUGGAGGCUGUUUCCCAGUGCAUAACAACUUCCACUCCUCCCAGCUCACCGACUCUAGCUCCACCGAAAGGCCAUAGACGGAACAUGAGUGAUACAUCAGCUUUCAAUAAGGUAUUCGCAAAUGAAACAAGCCAGUUUUUAGCACCUUAUGAAGCAUCUGUAAAGUCACGAUCCGGUUCAAACAGUCCUCCAGAAAAUGGUGCCAAUUCCAGAGCAGCCAACAUUCCAGAGUCCCACAGGCAUGUUGUCGGAGUGUCCGCUUCACAUGGAGAACUUGCCAAUACUCUUACCCAUGGUGGUAGAUCACUGUCAGCAGACAUUGCUGACUGGAAUCCCUUUGAAGAUCCUGCACCUUUCAAUCAGCUCACAGAAGAUCAUAUAUUUGGCGCAGAAUUUGACAAAAUCAGAAGAGGAUCGCAGAGUAGUAUUUCAAAUGUGAAAAGUCGUGAAAGUUUAGUGAUGGCUUACACAGAUACUCACGAAGAUCCCUUUAGCUCUGCACCAUUCAGUUUGCCAGCUGGGAAGCACACUGGUAAAGAGAAGAAUCCCUUCAAGAAAACACCAUCUGGAGGACUGUUAAAGGUUUGUGAGAGGUCAGAGAACUGGAUGUGUGAUGGUAGCAGCAAUUCUUCCCCCGAAGCGGAGACGGCCUCCGCCUUGCUGCUGGGCUCCAGCCUCUCCCCUCCCUACGUGAGAGCGCCUGCAGAGGACAGGUCAAAGUAUGAGAAGCUCACGUUCAACACCGAUGACGUGUCUUCAGACGACAGUGAGGAGAAUCAUAGAGAAACUGAUUCGAGUCGAAGUAGUACACGUCGAAAGAGACGUGGAAGAAAUGCCAUGUCAUCUGUUGUGCGAAAAUCGAAAAAAGAGGUAAGAACUGAGGUAGCAUCAUACGAUGACAAUGUGUCUGAUGAUUCCAUUGGAUCUGCAAGUGACCUUCGUGCAAUGAAUGAAGAUGAUGCAAUUGGAGAUAUCAGUGAUGAUAAGAAAUAUGUCAGGGAGAAGAUGAAGAAGAAUGAUGGAACAAUAUCUGAAAGCAUAAUGACAUGCGGUUCUUCUGCAUACCAUGCAGAAUGUGAAAGUGUCACAACUCAUGAAGAUGACGAAAGGAAGAGGUGCAAGAUAUUUAUCAAAACGAGAGAGUUACAGCAACCGACUAUAGAGCAAGAAGACGACGAGGGCAGUGCUUGUGCUGAUGACAUGCUUUUUGUCGGCCACCAGUACGGUGACAAGCCACUGUUAGCCGACGAUGAACUUGAUACCGAAGAUGAGAAUUGUGGAGAAAAAAGCCCCACCCCUCCAGAAACUGAGAGCAAAAGUGACUUGUGGAAAGAUGCUGCCGAAAUGAGUGUGCCACCAAAAUCAAAACUUGUGAAAGAUACCAGCUGUGAUGUCUUUGCCUUAGCUCCUUUUCAGAAACCCGCAUCAGUACGAUCACUGACUAGAACGACUGGGAGGAAGUCUUCUCAUUAUCAAAGUCGCAGCCAGCCGACGAGUCAGGCAGUUUCCCCAAUGGACAUCGUAUGCGGAGGUCGAAAAUCUUCACUCCUCUUUACGUCUUCUUCACCAGUUCCUCAUCUUGUGACUCCACCAGAAGAGAGAGCUCCUGUUACAUUACCCACAGAAUCUUGCUUGGUUGACCUUGGAGGGACAGACACUAAGGAAGGUAUUACAAGGGAGAAUUCAAUCUAUGGAAGUAAAGGUGAUGACAGUGUUGAUCACAUGAAAAAGAUUCGCUGUCAUAAAAAUGAAAAUGUAGGGGAUUUAGUCGGCUCAUGUUUCAAGGACAGUAUUGUUUCAGAUGUCAUUUCUAGAUUUGAAACUCCAGCAGCACACUUUGCUACAACUGUGCCUCCAAUUGCAGAACAGGAUGAGACCUCAGAUGGGCUUUCCAGGGAGGAUCUCUUUGGUUCAUCUCCAUUUAAUUCUGAUUGCUUUUCAAAUCCAUUUAGCCAUGGACAUGGAGAUGAUACCUCAAUUAUUGAACAUUCACCAUUUCAGGCAGCUUCAGUGAGUCCUAUGGUCUCACCAAAUAUUAGUAGAGAUGUGACUCAUUUCAGUAAUCCAAAUUACUUUGCUGUUCCUCAGAACUAUAAUGUUGGUGCUGCUGAACUAUUAUCUGUCGAGUUUGAGUCUGCUGAAAGUUCCCGAAUGGUGGAAUCUCAUAAUGUGAAAUUGCCAGAGUCCAAUCCUGUCAGCCAAACUGUACAGAAUCCUGUCAGACCAGAUGGUCAUGAGGAAGAUUUGUUUGGGGCAAUUCCAUUUUGUGAAAUGACAUCCCAGAUGCUGUUAAAACCGCAAGCUGCCAGACCAAACUCCUUAAGGCUGAUCGAAACUACAACAGUGCCCGAAUCCGGAAGAACAGACAAUGAGUUCAAGCGACACCAGCACCACUCGUCAGUUAUAAAAAGUGUAGCUUCAGGUUUCCUGUAUCUCGCGCAACCUGAAGUGUGCCAGACUCAACAUUCCUAUCCUGCCGAACCUACUCUCAGCCUCGAUAGUGUCAGGACCAAAGCUGAACACCCAGAGUCACCAAAGCACUUGACAAAAAAAGAACGGUCUAAAAAUAGUGAUAAAUCAAAAUAUCAUCUCAUAGAAAAUUCGGGUCCAGAGGAUAAAUUUGACGACAUUCUAUCGAAACAGUCACACAAAAGUUCUAAGACAACAUCGACAGCUUUACACAAGAAAACUUCUAAAUCUUCGAAGAAAAUUGGUAGCGAUAAGGCUCAUAAAGUGGCACCAGUUGGUUUCAGUAAUAUGAGUUUUGAGGAUUUUUCAAGCGAUGGUGCUGAGGACGGUGUGCAAGAGGCAGUGACUGUGCCAUUCGAAGUUUUGCGAAACGAUAAACAACUUUAUGAGGCUGAGAAGAAGUUCGGUUCACUGAAGAGGCGUAGCAACCCUUUUUCGUGAGGGAGGUUUUGCAUGAACCACGUGUACUAUUUCCUGUCAAAAACAUACAUGUGGAAGCAAUAUUCUAGUUGAUAUAUUUUAUGAAAUAGUAUACUGUUGUAUUGUUAUGAGCAAAUCAGUAUUUUUUCAGCAAAGAGCUAUACAUAGUUGUACAGACUGAGACUUAUGUUUAUUAAAUCCUUUUUACAUAUCUGUCGUAUUACUAGCUUAUAAUAAGAAAGUUGUUUGUGUAUUGAUGUAUGUAAAUGUUCUUGUUGUUUGUUGAAAUCUGAGAAGUGGU